AUGGCCGCAGAACAGCGCAAGCUGCUCGAGCAGCUCAUGGGCGACCAGUUCAUGGGCAUGGGCUCAUCGAGCAAGGCCGCAAACCUCACCCUCACCUCGCCUACCGUCUGCCGCUCAUACCUGGUUGGCACCUGUCCCCACGACCUCUUCACCAACACAAAGCAAGAUCUGGGUCCUUGUCCGAAAGCCCACCCCGAAAACCUGAAGAUGGAAUACGAUGGGUUGUCACAGGCCGAGAAGCAGAAAUACGGAUUUGAAUACGACUAUAUGCGCGACAUGCAGAAAUACAUUGACGAAUGUAACAGACGGAUUGACCAAGCGCAAAGGAGACUAGAAAAGACCCCGGAUGAGAUUCGUCAGACGAACAACCUCCUCAAGCUCAUCUCCGACCUGACCAAGACCAUCAACACCGGUCUUCUCGAAGUGUCGUGUCUGGCAGAGAUGGGCUCCGUGAGCCUGGCGUGCACCGAAUUCCACAAAGUGCGCACCGCGAAGCUCGCGAAAGAACAAGCUGAGCGAGACUUGAAGUCUCUCUCCGACACCAGUGGUCCGUCGGGACAUCAAAAACUACAAGUCUGUGACGUGUGUGGCGCCUAUCUUUCAAGACUCGACAACGACAGAAGGCUGGCAGACCACUUCUAUGGGAAGAUGCACUUGGGUUAUGCGCAGAUGAGGAGGACGUUCGACACCUUGGCGAAGGAUCUGAAGGGUCGGGGACCGCCGCCCGUACGUGCCGACGAUGGUAUGGGCCCCGGACAGGGAAGUCCGACUGGGCCAAGGGGCUAUGAUGAUGGCUAUGGCGAUGGGGGCGGAUGGGGAAGAGGUGGUGGAGGAUAUGGUCGUGGAGGAGGAGGGUACGGACGCGGUGGUGGAGGUUAUGGACGUGGACGAGGACGGGGGAGGUGGUAG